CAUUACACGCGUUUUUUAUCGGAUAUGUAAGAACGGCAACAUUAUUUGGUACUGCUUUUGUUUUAGGGUAGAGGAGGCGUGACGUGGAGAACCGGUAUGCCAACAUCAGUAUUCCUAUUUUCCACCUCCUAACAAUGGCUCGGGCGGGGGUGGGUGGACCAAUCGGCAGGCAGAAACCUCGUGGCUGCAGCCUCGCCGCUCGGCGGGCAAAGAUCCCCUCUUCCCCCGGGCCGGGCCGGGCUGAGCGCAAGGGGCACCUGGGUGACGCUGAAGAAAGCCAGGCGGCAGAGACACGUGGUGGGCGCUUCCGCCUCGAGCGGAGUUCGGAGAGCCGUGUGCAUGAGGAAAAUCUGAGACGUCGCCCAGGGUCUAACCGCUCUGCGACUUCCUCGUGCCAGCAAAGUUUUCGUCGGUUCCGCCCCCCUCGGCGGUCCGCCUUACGAGCUCGGCUCUCCGUGCUUCGACGGCGACAAGCAGGAAUACACCGGCAGUUUCAUGCUGGCUUCGGACGUGCUGACUUCGGCGUGGUUCUUCGGCCGAGCCAACGAGGCUGAGACGAAAAAACAGGAGUCGGAACCGGAACGCUUCAAAGAUGCAGCAUUAAUUCAAAGGCAGCUACUGAUCUCCAGAUCUUGCUGAAACUACUGAAUUCUACUGCAUGACAAUGUCGUUGGGACACUUAAGCAAGGGAGUGAUCCUAGAUGAACUUAUUGAUAUUUGUAUUGAUUCUUUUGAUGCAGACGGAAACUUGUGUAAAAAUUACCAGCUCCUGUCAGUAAUUUUAACCAUGCACCGACUUAUCAUCUCCUCCUCUGAUAUACUGCGAAAACUAAUAGAUCUAUAUAUGGGUGCCUUGGAAAAUAAUUCUUUGCUCUGCUGUAAGAUAUGUUACCUUGUGAGGUAUUGGAUAAGAGAAUUCUGGAUCAUGUUUAAAACAGAUACCAAUCUUACAAAUACUAUGGAAGAAUUUCAGGAAUUGGUGAAAGCUAAUGGUGAGGAGAUACACUGCCGCCUAAUUGACACAUCUCAAAUAAAUGCCCGAGAUUGGUCGAGAAAGGUAACCCAGAGAAUAAAAUCUAACAGCAGUAAGAAACGAAAGGUUUCACUGCUCUUUGAUCAUCUGGAACCAGAGGAGUUGUCAGAUCACCUCACCUACCUUGAAUUCAAGUCCUUCCGACGAAUAUCAUUUACAGAUUAUCAAAACUACAUCAUAAAUGGAUGUGUGAAGGACAAUCCGACAAUGGAACGCUCAAUCACACUUUGUAACGGUAUUUCACAGUGGGUACAACUAAUGGUAUUAAAUAGACCAACACCACAGCUUCGAGCUGAAGUAUUCAUCAAGUUCAUUCAUGUGGCCCAGAAACUUCAUCAGUUGCAAAAUUUCAACACAUUAAUGGCUGUAAUAGGAGGUCUUUGCCACAGUUCCAUCUCUAGACUUAAAGAAACAAGUUCUCAUGUUCCUCAUGAUAUCCAUAAGAUAUUCAAUGAAAUGACUGAAUUGCUGUCAUCUGGUAGGAAUUAUGAUAAUUAUAGACGUGCUUAUAACGAGUGCAGUAACUUUAAAAUCCCUAUUCUUGGAGUACACCUGAAAGAUUUAAUUUCUCUCUAUGAAGCUGUGCCAGAUUACUUGGAAGAUAAAAGAGUUAAUAUGCACAAAUUGUAUUCUUUGUAUAAUCAUGUCAAUGAAUUGAUACAGUUGCAAGAGAUAGGUCCCCCUCUGGAAGCUAACAAAGAUCUUCUCCAUCUCCUUACAUUGUCACUUGACCUUUAUUAUACAGAAGAUGAAAUUUAUGAACUUUCAUAUGCACGAGAGCCAAGAAGUCACCGGGCUGCACCAUUGACACCCUGUAAACCACCAGUUGUAGCAGAUUGGGCAUCUGGAAUUGCACCCAAACCUGAUCCAAAGAUAAUUAGUAAGCAUGUCCAGAGAAUGGUAGAUUCUGUUUUUAAAAAUUAUGACCAUGAUCAGGAUGGAUAUAUUUCUCAGGAAGAAUUUGAGAAGAUUGCUGCAAGCUUUCCUUUCUCCUUUUGUGUAAUGGAUAAGGACAGGGAAGGUCUGAUUAGCAGGGAUGAAAUAACAGCCUAUUUCAUGAGGGCCAGUUCAAUCUAUUCAAAAUUAGGUCUUGGCUUUGCCCACAAUUUCCAGGAGACCACUUACCUAAAGCCGACAUUCUGUGACAACUGUGCUGGAUUUCUUUGGGGUGUUAUUAAACAAGGAUAUAGGUGCAAAGACUGUGGAAUGAACUGUCAUAAGCAAUGCAAGGAUCUAGUUGUAUUUGAAUGCAAGAGAAGACCCAAAAUGACAGCUAUGGAUAACAGUCCAGCAUCAGCUCUUGCAUCUAGCCUCUGUCCCAUGGGACUUAAAGAGCAUAUGCAUGGGCUGGAGGAAGGAGGGUUUCCAUUUCCUAAUGGCGAGAUGGUUGAACAUAAUGAAGGCAGCAAAGAUAGAACUAUUAUGCUCAUGGGAGCAUCAGCUCAGAAGAUCUCAGUAAGGUUAAAACCAUCUGUGGUACACAAGGGUACACAAACUGAUGUAAUGAUGACACCCAGUAAUGAAGUGUGUAAUCUACAAAGAGAGUCUGGAACAUCAUCUGAAAGUAGUUUUCUCCAGCCAUCUCCUGUGUUUCCAUGUCCAAGUCCAAUUCUUGGCCGGAAAAAGGCAUAUGUGAAAUGGGAAAAUAAGGAUUGCAGUCAAAAAGUGAAGGAAGAUCCACAAACACUAAAACCCACAUAUCAAGAACUAGAAAAGGAAAGAAAUGUUCUAACUGCAGAGAAUGAAACUCUCAAGCUGCGCCUUAAACAAGCUCAUAAGAAGAUUGAAUUCCUCAGCAUCCAACGAAAUCACAUACUGGACACUAGGGAACAUGGAGAUUGUUUGUAGUUUAGAAGAAAGACAUAGUGAGGAAAAGGAUAAAGCCAACGGGUUGUUUGAGUGUAUUUAAGUGCAUGCAAUUAACUCUGUGCAGCAUGGCAGGAAUUUAAAGAAAGAUUGUCUUAUUUUGAUUGCUAUUAGUACUUUUGGAUGUAUAUAUUUUGUGCUGUCAGUUUAACUAGUUUGCCUUCUGUUUGGCUGAAAGGACAUUGUUUGAAGUCCCUGUUAUUUUUAGAGCAAGGGACACACCUGUUGCCAAAGUAACCAAACUGCAUUAUCAAACUAGGAAUGUGUACCGUAAGCUAAUUGUUGCUAAUUUUGGCAAUGCAAACUUGUAAAUGGGCAUGGUUUUUUAUUUGAAACUUAACUUCACAAAUGUUGCUGCUUGAAUAGGCACAUGAGUCAAACAGCCAUUUCCAUAUUCUUUUUGAAUUGGUUGGUCUCUUUUUCCAAGGAUGCUCAUUUCAGAUAGGCAGUUCCAAAAGUUUCUUCUUUGCAGAGGUGCACAGAAUAUGGGUAAAAAUAUAAAGAUGCCAGCCAGAAAGGUACAAUCAAAAUUCCAUCUGUUUUUAUGUACAUUGCGUACACAUAUACACACACACACACACCAUUGGCACGGUAGCUAAGUGACUUAAAAGACGGCGGAGAAAGUCUGUAUUCUAGCAAUUCAAGUCCUACUACUGUGUGACAUAAUGAGCUCCUGUUACUUGCCUCAGCUCCUGCCAGCCUAGCUGUUCAAAACCACGUAAAUGUAAGUAGAUAAAUAGGUACCACUUUAUGGGAAAGUAACAGGAUUCUGUGUUUCAUCUAACAUUUUGCGUUGAAACAUGCUGUCAUAUUAGCCAUAUAACUGCAGAAAUGUCUUUGGAUAGUGCUGGCUCAAUGGUUUAAAGAAAUGGAAAGGAACAUCCCCCCCCCCCAAAAGGUGGCUACAAUAAUGCAGAAACCCACAGGGACUCCUUUUCCUUACACAUGCACAUACAAACCAAACAGACAGAGCUGUGAUGCUCUUGGCACCACACCCUGCAGUCAUCGCUAUGUGAAAAGAUUUUCAACUUGGACUUUGGCACUGACAUUCUAAAACAGUUGAAAUGAGGGAUUUCACUGGCUGUUGAUUUGCAUGAUCCAAUACCUUUUUAAAAAAUAUCCCAAGAAAAAGGCUCCUGAUACUGAUUGUUUUGAUGAUUUAGUUUCUAUUGUAGUCCAUAGAUCAGAUCUUCCUUUUGCUUGUAAAUCUUUAAUCAGUUCAGGCUUUCAUAGAAUACCUUUUAAUGAGAAGGAAUGAACCAAAUUAGCAGCAUUAUUUAUAACUGUGUCACAUGGACCAUUUCUUGCUGACAGUACCAUCAAUGGUGGUCAGUUUUGGUCUAUAAUGGUCAUAUGCUACAAGCAUAACAGCUAUAAUCCUAUUGCUUUUGUUCCACUAGCUGGAAAGUACAGGUAGUUAUUGACUUGACUGUUGAAAGUUACAAUGCAUCUCCCCCGGGAAUAAUUACGACUCAGUUCCAAAAUUCUGAUGACCACCUCUCCCUGCAUAUUUACAGACAUUUGCAGCAUCCUGUGAUCACCUGACCAUGUUUUAGAAUGGUUUUAGUGCAAACUGGCAUUUAAUUCAUGUUUUCAGCCAAAAGGUCUAUAGUAAAACCAUUUCCUUAAAAGUCUCAGCAUUUGCUUAGUGACCAUGGUGGCUACUUUAAGAUCGCAAUGGUUGCUAUACAACUGCCACAAAAAGCUCAUAAAAUUAGGUCAGUCAUAUGGGUGACCCAUUUUACGACCAUCACUAGUUAUGACCAUGAUGGCAAGCUCCAUUACAGUCAUAAAUUGAAUAGCCAUACGUGCAGUGUAUUGGGAUGCAAAAUGAGAAGAAACAAAAACGUGUGAAUUCAAUAUGGUAGAAACUAAGAUGGUUUGCAAGAAUAGAAAAGAACGGAGAGUUAUAGCACAUCAUUGUGUAAACUAGGUUUAAUUCUUUUCUCUUUUUGCUCACUACUUCUAACUCAUUUUCUGUGCUGUGCAUAACACUUAGCUUGCACCGGAAAGGAAGAGCAAAAAGAAAUAGCAUGUUGGGUAUGUAAG